CAGUGCUCUCUGCCUUUUGGUUGAAGCCCCUCAUCUGCCUUCAGUGUGAAGGCAGGGCCCGGAGGAGGACUGAUCGGAGGGUCCCUGUCGGUGGGGCCAUCCGAGAAGAAGAGAGGGGCGAGGGGCAGGAAGGAAGCUACCAUCAAAUUGAAAAGAAAAAGCCCUUUGACUUCCCCCCCACCCCCUCCAAUGGCUGUGUAGCAAUCAUCCUCGGUGGCACCGUGGAAGGGAAGAAGUUGGUCUGCAGUCACAAUUGUGUGGGUCUAGUUCGCAGUCGUGAGCGAGGGGCUCAGAGAUGGAGCGGUGGUCCUCCAGGUGGAAAACGAAACGGUGGCUCUGGCAUUUCACCAUCACAGUCCUCUCACUGACUUUCCUCUUCCAGGCUAGAGAGGUCAGAGGAGCUGCUCCUGUUGAUGUCCUCAAAGCAUUAGAUUUUCAUAAUUCUCCAGAAGGAAUAUCAAAAACAACAGGAUUUUGUACAAACAGAAAGAAUUCAAAAGGUGCAGACACUGCCUACAGAGUUUCAAAGCAAGCACAACUCAGUGCCCCAACAAAACAGCUAUUCCCAGGUGGACCUUUUCCAGAAGAUUUUUCAAUCUUAUUUACAGUAAAGCCUAAAAAGGGAAUUCAGUCCUUCCUUUUAUCCAUAUAUAAUGAACAUGGCAUUCAGCAAAUUGGUGUUGAGGUUGGGAGAUCACCUGUUUUCCUGUAUGAAGAUCACACUGGAAAGCCUGCCCCAGAAGACUAUCCUCUCUUUAGAACUGUUAACAUUGCAGAUGGCAAGUGGCAUCGGAUAGCAAUCAGUGUGGAGAAGAAAAUGGUGACGAUGAUUGUUGAUUGUAAGAAGAAAACCACAAAAGCACUUGAUAGAAGUGAGAGAGCAAUUGUUGACACCAAUGGAAUCACAGUCUUUGGAACAAGAAUAUUGGAUGAAGAAGUUUUUGAGGGGGAUAUUCAGCAGUUGUUGAUAACAGGUGACCCCAAAGCAGCAUAUGACUACUGUGAACAUUAUAGCCCAGACUGUGACUCUUCAGCUCCCAAGGCUGCACAGGCUCAGGAACCCCAGAUAGAUGAGAAAAAGAAAUCCAAUUUCAAAAAGAAGACGAGGACAGUGACCUCUAAGUCAAAGGAAAAAUCUAAAAAGUUUAAACCCCCCAAAUCUGAAAAAUUUGCAUCCAAGAAGAAGAAAAGUUAUCAAGCAACAGCAAAAGCCAAACUAGGGGUAAAGGCAAAUAUUAUUGAUGAUUUUCAAGACUACAACUAUGGAACAAUGGAAAGUUACCAGACAACAGCUCCUAGACGUGUAUCCGGUACAAAUGAGCCAAAUCCAGUUGAAGAUGUAUUUACUGAAGAAUAUCUAACUGGAGAGGAUUAUGAUUCCCAGAGGAAAAAUUCUGAGGAUACUUUAUAUGAAAACAAAGAAAUAGACGGCAGGGACUCUGACCUUCUGGUAGAUGGAGAUUUAGGUGAAUAUGAUUUUUAUGAAUAUAAAGAAUAUGAAGAGAAACCAACAAGCCCCACUAUUGAAGAAUUUGGUCCAGGUGUACCAGCAGAAACUGAUAUCACUGAAACAAGCAUAAAUGGCCAUGGAGCAUAUGGAGAAAAAGGACAAAAAGGAGAACCAGCAGUGGUUGAACCUGGUAUGCUUAUUGAAGGACCCCCAGGGCCAGCAGGACCUGCGGGUCUUAUGGGCCCUCCAGGUCUCCAAGGCCCUGUUGGACCCCCUGGUGACCCUGGUGACAGGGGCCCACCAGGACGUCCUGGUUUGCCAGGAGCUGAUGGUUUACCUGGUCCUCCUGGUACCAUGUUAAUGCUACCGUUUCGUUAUGGUGGGGAUAGUUCCAAAGGACCAGUUGUCUCUGCUCAAGAAGCUCAAGCUCAGGCAAUUCUUCAGCAGGCUCGGAUUGCUCUGAGAGGCCCACCUGGCCCAAUGGGUCUGACUGGAAGACCAGGUCCUGUGGGGGGACCAGGUUCAUCAGGGGCCAAAGGUGAGAGUGGUGAUCCAGGCCCUCAGGGUCCUCGAGGCGUCCAAGGUCCCCCUGGACCAACGGGAAAGCCUGGUAAAAGGGGUCGACCAGGUGCUGAUGGAGGAAGAGGAAUGCCAGGAGAACCUGGGGCAAAGGGAGAUCGAGGAUUUGAUGGACUUCCAGGUCUUCCUGGUGACAAAGGUCAUAGGGGUGAACGAGGUCCUCAAGGUCCUCCUGGUGCACCUGGAGAAGAUGGAAUGAGGGGAGAUGAUGGAGAAAUAGGACCAAGGGGUCUCCCUGGUGAAGCUGGCCCACGAGGAUUACUGGGACCAAGAGGAACACCAGGACCUACAGGGCAGCCUGGCAUUGCAGGUGUGGAUGGUCCCCAAGGUCCAAAAGGAAACAUGGGUCCCCAAGGAGAGCCUGGACCGCCAGGUCAGCAAGGAAAUCCAGGACCUCAAGGUCUUCCUGGUCCACAAGGCCCAAUUGGUCCUCCUGGUGAAAAAGGACCUCAAGGAAAACCAGGGCUUGCUGGACUUCCUGGUGCAGAUGGGCCUCCUGGUCACCCAGGAAAAGAAGGCCAGUCUGGAGAAAAGGGUGCUUUGGGUCCUCCAGGUCCACAGGGUCCUAUUGGUUACCCAGGUCCUCGAGGAGUAAAGGGGGCAGAUGGUGUCAGAGGUCUCAAAGGCUCUAAAGGGGAAAAGGGUGAAGAUGGUUUUCCAGGAUUCAAAGGUGACAUGGGCCUUAAAGGUGACAGAGGAGAAGUUGGUCAACUGGGUCCAAGAGGAGAAGAUGGCCCUGAAGGUCCGAAAGGUCGAGCAGGUCCACCUGGAGACCCUGGUCCUUCAGGUCAAGCAGGAGAAAAGGGGAAGCUUGGUGUUCCAGGGCUACCAGGAUAUCCAGGAAGACAAGGUCCAAAGGGCUCUACUGGAUUUCCCGGGUUCCCGGGUUCUAAUGGAGAGAAAGGUGCAAGGGGUGUAGCUGGCAAACCAGGACCUCGGGGUCAACGUGGUCCAACUGGUCCCCGUGGCUCAAGAGGUGCAAGAGGCCCCACUGGUAAACCAGGUCCAAAGGGUACCUCAGGUGGUGAUGGGCCCCCUGGACCUCCUGGUGAAAGGGGCCCUCAAGGACCACAAGGUCCUGUUGGAUUCCCUGGACCAAAAGGCCCUCCUGGACCACCAGGAAAAGAUGGACUCCCAGGGCACCCUGGACAGCGUGGGGAGACGGGGUUUCAAGGCAAGACUGGCCCUCCUGGACCAGGAGGUGUUGUUGGACCACAAGGUCCUACUGGUGAGACUGGUCCAAUAGGUGAACGUGGACAUCCUGGCCCUCCUGGUCCUCCUGGUGAGCAAGGCCUUCCUGGUGCAGCAGGAAAAGAAGGAGCAAAGGGUGACCCAGGUCCUCAAGGUAUCUCAGGAAAAGACGGACCAGCAGGAUUACGAGGUUUUCCAGGUGAAAGAGGUCUUCCUGGAGCUCAGGGCGCAUCUGGUCUGAAAGGAGGAGAAGGUCCCCAAGGCCCACCAGGUCCAGUUGGCUCCCCAGGAGAACGUGGAUCAGCAGGUACAGCUGGCCCAAUUGGUCUGCCAGGGCGUCCAGGACCCCAGGGUCCUCCAGGUCCAGCUGGAGAGAAAGGUGCUCCGGGAGAAAAAGGUCCUCAAGGCCCUGCAGGAAGAGAUGGUGUGCAGGGUCCGGUGGGCCUCCCUGGUCCUGCUGGUCCCGCCGGCUCUCCUGGAGAGGAUGGAGAUAAGGGUGAAAUUGGUGAACCAGGCCAAAAAGGCAGUAAGGGUGACAAAGGAGAAAAUGGUCCUCCUGGCCCCCCAGGUCUUCAAGGACCUGUUGGUGCCCCAGGAAUUGCUGGAGGUGAUGGUGAGCCUGGCCCUAGAGGACAGCAGGGUAUGUUCGGACAAAAAGGUGAUGAAGGUCCAAGAGGAUUCCCUGGGCCUCCUGGCCCCAUAGGUCUUCAGGGUUUGCCAGGCCCACCUGGUGAAAAAGGUGAAAAUGGGGAUGUUGGUCCUAUGGGUCCACCUGGCCCUCCAGGACCAAGAGGCCCUCAAGGUCCCAAUGGAGCUGAUGGACCACAAGGACCCCCAGGAUCCAUUGGUUCAGUUGGCGGUGUUGGUGAAAAGGGAGAGCCUGGAGAAGCUGGAAACCCAGGGCCUCCUGGAGAAGCUGGUUCAGGGGGUCCCAAAGGAGAAAGAGGGGAGAAAGGAGAAGCCGGUCCACCUGGUGCUGCUGGACCUCCUGGUGCUAAGGGACCACCAGGUGAUGAUGGUCCUAAAGGCAACCCCGGUCCUGUAGGUUUUCCUGGAGAUCCUGGUCCUCCUGGGGAACCUGGCCCUGCUGGGCAAGAUGGUGUUGGAGGUGACAAAGGUGAAGACGGAGAUCCUGGUCAACCAGGUCCUCCUGGUCCAUCUGGUGAGGCUGGCCCACCAGGUCCUCCUGGGAAAAGGGGUCCUCCUGGAGCUACAGGGUCAGAGGGAAGGCAAGGUGAAAAAGGUGCUAAGGGAGAAGCUGGUGCUGAAGGUCCUGCUGGAAAAACCGGCCCAGUUGGUCCUCAGGGACCUGCAGGCAAACCUGGUCCAGAAGGGCUCAGAGGUAUUCCUGGUCCUGUGGGAGAACAAGGUCUUCCAGGAGCUGCAGGCCAAGAUGGACCCCCUGGGCCUUUGGGACCUCCUGGUUUACCUGGUCUCAAAGGUGAUCCUGGUUCCAAGGGUGAGAAGGGACAUCCUGGUUUAAUUGGCCUGAUAGGUCCUCCUGGAGAACAAGGUGAAAAGGGUGACAGAGGACUCCCUGGAACUCAAGGUUCUCCUGGAGCAAAGGGAGAUGGAGGUCUUCCUGGCUCUCCUGGUCCCUUAGGCCCACCUGGACCUCCAGGUUUACCAGGUCCUCAAGGUCCAAAGGGUAACAAAGGCUCUACUGGUCCUGCUGGCCAGAAGGGUGAUAGUGGUCCCCCUGGGCCUCCUGGACCUCCAGGCCCACCUGGUGAAGUAAUCCAACCUUUACCAAUCUUGUCACCCAAAAAAACAAGAAGACAUACUGAAAGCAUGCAAGCAGAUGCAGGCGACAAUAUUCUUGAUUAUUCAGAUGGAAUGGAAGAAAUAUUUGGUUCCCUCAAUUCUCUGAAACAAGACAUUGAGCAUAUGAAGUUUCCAAUGGGCACACAAAGUAAUCCAGCCCGAACUUGCAAAGAUCUGCAACUCAGCCAUCCUGACUUCCCAGACGGUGAAUAUUGGAUUGAUCCUAACCAAGGCUGCUCAGGAGAUUCCUUCAAAGUUUACUGUAAUUUCACGUCUGGUGGAGAAACCUGUAUUUAUCCAGACAAAAAAUCUGAAGGUGUAAGAAUUUCAUCUUGGCCAAAAGAGAAACCAGGAAGCUGGUUUAGUGAGUUCAAGAGAGGAAAACUGCUUUCAUAUGUAGAUGUUGAAGGCAAUUCCAUUAAUAUGGUGCAAAUGACAUUCCUGAAACUGCUGACUGCCUCUGCUAGACAAAAUUUCACCUACCACUGUCAUCAGUCGGCAGCCUGGUAUGAUGUGUCAUCUGGAAGUUAUGACAAAGCACUUCGAUUCCUGGGAUCAAAUGAUGAGGAGAUGUCCUAUGACAAUAACCCUUACAUCAAAGCACUGUAUGAUGGCUGUGAGUCCAGAAAAGGCUAUGAAAAGACUGUUAUUGAAAUCAAUACACCGAAAAUUAAUCAAGUACCUAUUGUUGAUGUAAUGAUCAAUGACUUUGGUGAUCAGAUUCAGAAGUUUGGAUUUGAAGUUGGUCCUGUUUGUUUUCUUGGCUGAUGUAAGGACAGGGACAUUUAUUUCUAACAGAAAUUUAUCAUGGUAUCACCAACCCAUUUUAUGCCACAUGCAAGUUUUGAAUAAGGAUGAUAUAGAAAACAACUUGUUACAUGUAAAUGUAUCAUUUAGGGAAUAAAAAUGCCAUGUGAGGGCAGAACCACACAAUAGUUAUGAAAUGCAUAAGAUAGUGUGGCUGAGAUGGAAAACAGGGCUGCUUUUGAUUCCCUAUUCUCCUCUCUCCUUUCCUUAUUUGGACUUCUUUGGUGCUGUAGAAAAAAAAAAAGAGAGAAACAUAUAUAUUCCUAAAAGUUAUGGUGCUCAUUAUCAUCCAUCAAGGAUGUGCUAAAACAACUGUGUGUUUAAUUAAUUGUAAUUAUUUUAUGUACAGUUCUAUACUGUUAUCUAUGGGUCCAUUUCCAAAACUUGCACGUGCCUCUGAAUUUCCUCUGACUCUAAUUUUAUGACAAUUGCAGAACUAUGGUGGCAAUAAAUAUGUGUAUUAUGAAAAAAAAAUUUGUAACUUCUCAUGACUCUAGAUCCCUUGCUUUGAUUAAUAAUAAAAUGCCUUUGUAUAUAUUGAUGUUAAAGAGUUCAGUUAUUUGAAGUCGCCAACAAAAUUCUCAGAGGGAAAACACCUGGAAGAAUUUUCUGAAGCACAAUCAGAUCCACUCUUCUCUGCUGACAGUACCUUUUGCUGAAUUCCAGCCCAAAAUAUCAUGCAUUUUUAUAUCUUUUUCAAUGCUUUACCUCAAAUAUUUUAUUUUUUCUCAGAAUCCAGGAUUUCACAGCAUAGUUGUAUAUACAGAAAACAAGUAAGUUUAUAUUUUUGGCCAGGAAGUGUGUUUGAGAAACUAUUUUAACAAUUGAUGCCUACAUGAAGCAAACACUCAGAUGUACAAUUUUUUUCUCUCCAUCUCAUUUCCGUGUGUUUGGUGUGCUUCUAUGCUUCAGAUUAAUUUUAAAGGUAGAAACUAAACCAUUAUUUAUGAAUUUAUACAAGAUUACAUUUUUAAUCCAUCAACUUUUAAAAUUUGAUUAUAAAUUGCAUAUAAUAGUCUCAAUUUUCUUUUACCUGCCCAACAAAUAUUAUUACUUUCCUUUCAAAAUAAGUCUAUACAUAAUGUGAUAUACCUACUUGCUUAGUAACAUUUGGGUGUACUGUUACUAACAGUGCUUAUUUAAAAGUCAUAUUUAUUUAAGACUAUCAAAAUUUUUGCCCCGCUAAGGUGUUUUCUUUCAGGUAACUUGAAACAGGAGUGCAUUUUUAAAUUUAAAAACUGAACUUUGUAUCUAUUUUAAAUAAUAUAUGUACGACUUGAAAAUAAAUGUGUUUUAUUCUUUCUUAUAUAAAGUGUUAAAUUAAUUGAUACCAGAUUCCACUGGAACAUUUUCAACUGAUAAAUUAUCAUGAAAAAGAAUUCUUGUAAUGUUGACAUUAAAAAGUGAACAUUUGUCAUUCAGAAUUUAUUUUUUAAAUCAAGUUUGUAAAUGUCCUUUCAAAAAGGGAACUAUGAAACCUAUCAAUAAACUCAAGUCUUGCCUACCUGGA